AUUUGUUGACUCUGCAGUAGCCAUCAUCAUGAAGUUCUCAGCAUCAGUACUCCUCGCCGUUGGCGCGAGCGCCUUCCCGGCCAAGAUUAUGGAGGAGGCUAUCAAGCGCGAUCCUGAGCUCGUUGCAAAGGCCCUCGAGGCUGUGGACGUGGACAUGUUGAAGCGUCAAGCUGGUGCUGGUGGUGCUACGGCUCUCUUUGAGCCUGUGCCUAAGUUCAACGCUGCUACACAGUUCAUCAACGUCGGCCCUGGGAGCGGGCAUGAGUGGCAGGCCCCUGGUCCAAACGAUCAGAGAGGUCCUUGUCCAGGUUUGAACGCGUUUGCAAACCACGGGUUUCAACAGAGAAAUGGUGUUGCCACGAUUCAGCAAUACAUUGAUGCCACAACCGAUGUCGUAGGCAUGGGUCGCAUCCUCGCUGGAUUCCUGUCCAUCCUUGGUGCCACCAUCGACGGUGAUCUUGCUUCAUGGUCGAUGGGUGGUCCACCGGGCGGCGCUGGCCUCCUCCGCGGAAACGGCCUGAUCGGCUCACACAACAAAUACGAGACCGAUGCCUCACCCACCCGAGGUGAUCUCUACCAGGCGGGCGACAACUGGAAGGUCGUGCUCAGCCAAUUCCAAGAGAUGAUCGACUACUCUCCAGGCAGUCUCACCAUGGAGAGCUUGACCAACUUCCGAUCCCACCGCUUCGAUACUCAAGUUCAGACCAACCCAUACUUCUUCAACGGACCAUUUGCUGGUGUUGCCGUGCAGCCUGCAGCGUACACGUUCAUCUACCGCUUCAUGGCCAACCACUCUGCAGAGAACCCAAUCGGUUUCCUCUCGCACGAGACUGUCGCCUCGUGGUUCGGUGUGCAGGGUCAGUCCGGCUCUUACUCGCUUGUGAACGGAAAGACCGGCAACGAGCGUAUUCCCGACAACUGGUACCGCCGCGCACAGGAGUACCCAUACGAGGUUACCUACUUCAUUGCAGAUCUGCUCAAUGCUGCGCUCCUCCACCCCAAGUUCCUCGCCAUCGGCGGCAACACCAACGGCCCAAACACCUUCACCGGCGUCAACUUGGAGAACCUGUCAGGCGGCCUCGUCAACUUAGGCAACCUCGCGCAAGGCAACAACCUUGGCUGCUUCGUCUUCCAGCUCGCUGCUCAGGCCAAGCCAGAUAUCCUCCUGGGUCUCCUCAACCCAAUCACGGACAUUCUCGGCCAAAUUGUGUCGCAGCUCAGCUGCCCACAGCUUCGCGAGAUUGAUGAGGCUCAGCUGAGACAGUUCCCUGGUUAUCAGCGCGCUGCGGUCUAUGGUUAGAUAGAAUUAGAUACCAAGUCGUGCCUUUGCGGGACAUGAUGCUGUAUGAAAAGUAAUGCCAAGAAUAUCAU